AUGACAGAAAGAAUACCAUUAUUUGAAGAAGAUAAAGAUUAUAUUGAUGAAGAUCAUAUUAGUGAAUUUGCCAAGGCAUUAGUAUGGCAAGAUGAUUAUGAUUAUGAUGCCAAUACUACUGCUACUACUGAUAUUACUACUACUCCAAUAAAUGAUGAAGUGCCAGGUAUUGUUAGUUCAUUACCAUCAACAAAUGGCAAUAACAAGAACAAGAACAAGGACAUUAACGGUACAGUUAGUGAUUCUUCACUGAUUACAGAUGAAGAUAUUAUGAAUUCAUCAUAUUUUGAUAAACCACAUUCAUCAACAAAUUUGAAAUCAAAUAGCACCAAAAAUGAUGAUGAUGAUGAUGAUGAUGAUGAUGAUCUAAUAUCAAGACCACAAUCGGGAACCACUGAUAAUACUAGUACUACUAGUCUUUCAUCUAAACGACCAGAUUUAAUCACAUCUAAAAGUGAUUGGUUCCCCAUUGGAGGUAGUAGAAGUAGUAGUUCGCUGAAAAAGGGAUCUUCCAAUUAUCAUAAGAAAACAACCCCUACUUCAUCCACUUCUACUAAAUCAACGAUAGAAAUUUUGAAAAAUGAAUUUAGAAAUAGUUCAACCUAUACAUUAUUAAGAUGGCCAAUAUUAAUAUUUGUAUUCAGUUGGAUUGGUAUAUUAGGAAUAUUUUAUUUUAUGAUUAGAAUUUAUGUUGCUGUACUGGAAUAUUUAUUUACUUGGAGAGGUGAAAGGAAACGAUUAAGAAAUAAAUUACGAAAUUCAAAAACUUAUGAAGAAUGGAUUAAUAAUGCUUUAGAAUUGGAUAAAUUUUUAAAAUUAGAUAAAUGGCUGGAAAAUCCCAAAUUUUCUUAUUAUGAUUAUAAAACUAUUAAAUUAACCAUUUUAAAAUUACAAAAAUUACGACAUCAAGGAAAAUUAAUUGAAUUGAUGGUGAUUUUACAAGGUUGUUUAAAAAAAAAUUUUGCUGGAAUUGAAAAUCGUCAAUUAUAUUCUCAUAGAUAUUAUGGUACGAAAAAUUUAGUUGAAGAAUAUUAUCAAGAAGUUGUCAAAUGUCUUGAAUUGAUAAAUCAAGACAAUAACAAUGGUGAUGACAAUGAUGAUGAUGAUAAUGAUAAUGAGAAAAUUGAUAUUGAAAAAAAAUGGAAAUUUUUCAAAAUUGUUCUGAAAAAUUAUGGUAAAUCAGCUUUAUGUCUUAGUGGAGGUGCAUGUUUUGCUUAUACUCAUUUUGGUAUUGCUAAAGCAUUACUUGAUCAAAAUUUAUUACCACAAAUUAUAUCGGGGACUUCGGGUGGUGGAUUAAUUGCGGCAUUAUUAUGUACUAGAACUAAUGAAGAAUUGAAAAAAUUAUUAGUACCUCAAUUAGCUAGAAAAAUCACUGCAUGUGAAGAUCCUUGGUAUAUAUGGAUCCCGAGAUUUUUAAAAACUGGAGCAAGAUUUGAUGCUAUUGAUUGGGCUCGAAAAUCAAAUUUUUUCACUCAUGGUUCAACUACUUUUGAAGAAGCAUUUCAAAGAACUGGUAGAAAAUUAAAUAUUUCUACUAUACCAGCUGAUCCUCAUUCUCCAGUUAUAUUAUGUAAUGAUAUUACAUCACCUCAUUGUAUUAUUUGGUCAACAUUAUUAGCAUCACUGGCGGUUCCUGGGAUAUUAAACCCGGUAGUAUUAAUGAUGAAAAAUCCUAUAAAUGGAAAAGUUAUUCCAUUUUCUUUAGGUAGUAAAUGGCGUGAUGGAUCAUUAAGAACAGAUAUCCCCAUUGAAGCAUUAAAUACUUAUUAUAAUGUUAAUUUCACCAUUGUUUCUCAAGUUAAUCCUCAUAUUUCAUUAUUUUUCUUUGCACCAAAGGGAACCGUUGGUAGACCCGUCACUUCAUCCACAAGGAAAACUCGAUCAAAACAACAAUAUGCAUCAUUUAGAGGAGGAUUUAUUGCUACAGCAUUAGAACAAUUAUUAAGAUUAGAAAUUAAAAAAUGGUUACAAAUUAUUAAAUCAUUAGAUUUAUUACCUCAUUUUUUACAACAAGAUUGGCUGAAUAUUUGGUUACAAAAUUUUACUGGUACUAUAACCAUUUGGCCCAAAAAUAAAUUAAGUGAUUUUUGGUAUAUAUUGAGUGAUCCAACAGAAUUUAGAAUGAAAGAAAUUAUUGAAAAGGGAGAAAAAUGUAUGUUUCCAAGAUUAUUAUUUAUAAAACAUCGAGCAUCAAUUGAAAAUGUUAUUGAAAAGGGGAAAAAAUUGACAUUAACAAAAUAUAAACAAUUAAAAAGUGGGGGAGUUGAUUGUGAUGAAGAUGUCGAUGUCGAUGUCGAUAUCGAUGAUGAGGAAGAAGAAGGAGAAUCUGGGGGUGUUGUUAGUGAUUAUGAUGCUCAAUCAUUUCAAAAAGUUGUUGGAUGGAGUAAUGAAGAUAAGAAAUUAUUAGAUGAACUUGAUAAUGAAGAUGAGGAGGAGGAUGAAGAAGAAGAAGAGGUUGAUGUUGAUGAUGAUGAUGAUGAUGAUGACGAUUCAUUGAGUGAUAGUUUUGAAAUAACUACUGAACAUUUAAAACAAAGACGUAACACCAUAUUUUAG